UCGCGUGUAGCGGUGGCUAGCGUGCACUAACGCCAUCUAAAGUUCACAGCUAGCGGAAACACAAGCGCGUGCUAAGUGGCUAACUAGCUAGCUGGCUCAAGGUUCUAUCGACGUUUUUCCUGGCGGAUAGCUAACUAAAUCCCUGGGCUGUACUGCCUGAACCCUAGUGGCCAGUGUGGAUGAAGGAAGCAUGCAGACCAUAAAGUGUGUGGUGGUGGGCGAUGGUGCCGUGGGUAAGACUUGCCUUCUAAUCUCCUACACAACAAACGCCUUCCCGGAGGAGUACAUCCCCACUGUGUUCGACAACUACAGUGCCCAGAUAAGUGUGGACGGCCGCCCCAUCAGCCUCAACCUGUGGGACACGGCUGGCCAGGAGGAGUACGACCGCCUGCGCACCCUCUCCUACCCCCAGACCAAUGUCUUCAUCAUCUGUUUCUCCAUCGGCAGCCCCUCCUCUCAUGCCAACGUACGACACAAGUGGCACCCAGAGGUAUCCCACCACUGUCCUGGAGUUCCAGUGCUGCUGGUGGGCACCAAGAAGGAUCUGCGUGGAGAUGUGGAGGCGGUGAAGAAGUUGAAGGAGCACGGCCUGGCCCCCACCAACCAACAGCAGGGUAAUGCCUUAGCCAAGCAGAUUGGCGCCGUCAAAUACCUGGAGUGCUCAGCUCUGAUGCAGGACGGUGUGAGGGAGGUGUUUGAAGAGGCCGUGCGAGCUGUGCUCUACCCCGUAACCAAGAAAAAUGGCAAGAAGUGUGUUGUGUUAUAACUAUGUGCCUAGACUGUAGGGGGACUGGGGGAAGAGACUUAACGAUUGGCACUGCCAUUUUGGCUCCCAAUAUGCCUUCCACGUUCUAACCCUCGCCACUUGUUAGCAAUGCCUGGCUUCAAUAGUAAUUGGUUGUUUGUCAAGAGGUCCUCUCCACUAAGAUGUGGUUUUAAUUGAUGCCAACAGCCUUCCUAUGGAUUUUUUUGUAUCUGAAUUCAAAACUACAGUGACGAUGCUGAGGGAUUUCAAUGGUGCCUUCUCAGCAACUUGCUGCCUUGUCCUCACUGGCUGUAUGUUUAAGAAGAUUACAAUUGAUUUGACACCUUUGCUUUUCUCCUUCAUCAGGCCAGUCUUGUAAUGUGUUGAUCUUUUUCUGUGAACUUUGCUCUUGUUUUCAUCUGAUGUGAUUUACAGGAAUGUUGUGUCAAUCAGUAGCCACUGUUAAACAUUAUGUUCAUUCCUCUGUGCCAUUACAGUAAUAGUUGUAGUGUGGAUUGUCAAUAAGAUAGUUUGCCUUUAACGUGGUUCAUAAGCCAGGGUCACAGGAUAUCUGCCGAACUAGCCUUGCUGGUAUGAGACAAGCAUGGGUGUAUGUAUGACACGGUCACCCUGAACACAUGCACACUUUGAUUAGAACAGUCCUAUUGCUCUGUUACACUCUCUUACUCUGUAAAACCAUGAGCUUGCCAUUCUGCUUUGUCAAAACAAAGUCCUGAUUGUGUCAGAGUGAAUACAGAUUUGGGUAGCUGCUAAGUAAACAGAUGCCCUAAAGAUUGUUAUUUUUGUAUUGCUGGUGGGAAAAGUCAGGAAGCAAUCAUUUUAGUAAUUAACACCCCCCCCCCCCCCCCCCCCAAAAAAAGUCUAACUCUGUCAGCUGACCUGCUUAUGGGUAGUCUUUAUCUUUUGUCUGAAGGCAAACAGAAGCUACAAGUAAACUACAUUCUAUGUUCUAUUGUAACUCAUUGAAAUCGGUGCUGAAUAAUGCUACACAUUAGGAUGUCAUAAAAGUUGUUUAGUGUUACUGGCCUCAUUGAGGAAUGCGUGUUGAAGGUACCACAUAUCAGCAGUAAUGCUGCUUAUUCCUGGCUAACUGUUAACUUAUCUAAGUGUAAUGGCAAGUAUGUAUGGCUAAUACUGCAACAGGAGCUGCAAUCCUAACAGUUACUUGUGUUGCAUGAACAUGCUUGUUGGAGAGUGGAAGGCAUAGGCCUACAUUUUUACCCAAACUACUCUAGCAGGAUUUUUUUCAUUGUCUGGUGGUAUUAUUGGUAUGAAUAUUUCUGUCGUUUGCCUCGUCCCUUUGUGAUGUCAUAUGGGAUCUGUAAUGAGUUGAUGUGCAGCUUCUGUAAUUAAGAGCCACAGGGUCAGCUGAUUUUCCCCUCGGACCAAAUUCAAUUUAGUUGUGUGAAGUAUUGCAUUUUAGGUAUAAUUCAUAGAAAUUUGCUGACUGGACAAUACAUGUGGUGGAAACCUGCAGAGUCUAGCACUUGAGAACUGAAGUUGCGCUUCCUCUGUGUGGAAGUCUUUGCCUUCUCAAACAGAUGGAAUUAAUUCUACCCCAACACUGACUGAUAACAGAUUGGUUCUGGUGGAAUGUAAUAGUUUUUUAAAACCAGAAACCUGCUAUGAAAUGUAUAUCUAAUUGCCAAAAUAAAGGAAACACUUGAGUAAAUGAG